GGUACCAUCACUUGUGCCUCAGGAGUGAGAGCAACAUGCCCCUCACCAUGCCCGCCCUCUUCAUUUUCCUGGAGAUGAAAGAUUACGUGCCUGACACAUGGGCAGAUCUCACUGUGGCUCUUGCCAACCCCAUUAAAUUCUUCAAUGCUCAAGACAAGAAGUCAGUAAAGCUGAAGGAAACAGAGAACAACCCACCUGAGAAGCCUUUGCCACCCAGGAACUCAGCUGUGGGCCAGGUCAAUGGGGCCCUCACUUCCGCAGGCUCCUCCAUGGCACCGCCGUCCAAUGGUCCUGCAGUGGGUAUGACCUGGCUUAAGGAGGAAGCAUUGAAAGAGGCAGCAG